AUGGCUGCGGAGUCCUGGUUCGCCGGGUCGCUGGCCCUGAGCCCUGGAGAAGCACCGCCUUCGGACGAUUUGGUACCCGGGCCGCCACCCUAUGGAGACCCCUCGUGGUCGCCCGCCCGCAGACCCGAGGCCUCAGCGGAGCAGGAGCCCCAGCAGGCACAGCAGCUGAUGGAAACCCCAGCCUCCGCGACCUCCAGGGAGCCACUGGCAGCGGAGCUCGGACCUGCUCGCCUCCCACUGGACUCCAUGUUCAGCCCCAUCACUGACCAGCUCCGUUACCUGCUCAGGAAGGCGGAUGACUUUCAAAGCUACUUGCUCUACAGCAGGGACCGAGUACAAAAGGAACAGCUAGCCAAGGCCAUGCCCACCUUCCUAACGAUGUGCGAACCUUACUUCCUGUACCUUGAGGCUGCUGCAAGGAGUGUCCCUCCCAUCUACGGAGCCCUGCAGGAGCUGGUCCGGAAGGGGUUGCUGGAGAUCUCCCAGCAGCUCACCCUGCGUUUGGAACAGUUAGUUCUCAUGUAUGCUUCCUUCGGAUUCGUGGACCUGGAGGAAACCAACCCUUUGAGCAUCUCCUGCUUCUUCUGCGGGAGAUUCUCCCUUAGCCCUUCCCACGAUGUGUCCAUCUUCCGGUACUGCACCCCAGCUGCGUACACUGCCAGUCACUUCCCGAGAUACCUCUAUAAGAAGAUGCGCUGGAACCUGGAAACCACCACAGAGGCCAGUAGCCAAGGACCAGACUCCCAUGUGGAUUACUACUUCUUAUGUUAUCGAGAUACAUGGGAGGAUGCAGGCCAGGGUCCAGCCAAUUCGUGCCCCCAAAUCCAGAAACUCUGGUCCAUCGGCCGCUGGAUGCCCCUAGGACCGGCAGAGGAUGACCUUGAUUCAUGGAUUUUGUGCCCGCAGCCACCCGGGGACUACCAGCAGUUACUAACCAUCGGCUUCGAGGAGCCUUCGCAUGUGCUGGCCACCGACCUGCUGGUACAGAUCCUCAUGGGCCAGGUAGGCCCCGCCCGGCCCCCCAGCGCUGCCGGGCCCUCGGCUUGGGCUGCCCCGGCAUCCUGAGCCCCAGGAGAAGACGCCAGCCGGGGCUUG